AUGACCCAUUCCUGCUGCUCUCCCUGCUGCCAGCCCACCUGCUGUGAGUCCAGUUCUUACAGGUCUGGCUGCUGCUCCCCUUGCUGCCAGCCAACUUGCUGUCAGACCACCUGUUGUAGGACCACCUGCUGCCAGCCCACCUGCUGUGGGUCCAGCUGCUGCCAGCCUUGCUGCCAUCCAUCCUGCUGUGGCUCCAGCUGCUGCCAGCCUUGCUGCCAUCCAUCCUGCUGUGGCUCCAGCUGCUGCCAGCCGUGCUGCCGCCCCAGUUGCUGCUACACAACCUGCUGCCGGCCAGCUUGCAGUGGCCCCGUGUACUGCUCGAGAACCUGCUACCAACCAACGUGCUGCUGCGUGCCCGGUUGCCUAGCCAAUAUCUGUGGAACCAGCUGCUGCCAGCCUUGCUGCCACAACACCUGCUGUGGGUCCAGCUGCUGCCAGCCUUGCUGCCACCCAGUCUGUUGUCAGACCACCUGCUGUAGGACCACCUGCUGCCGCCCCAGCUGCUGCUGCAGCCCUUGCUGUCUUUCCAGCUGCUGCCGCCCUUCCUGGUGCUGA